AACCAACAACAGAAUAACACCACUGACUGAGAGGUGACCCUAAAAGCUUCCAUGAAGUCAGAGUGUUCACACCGACACCCAAGUCUGUGAACUAUUGAAACAUGAGUCAUAAAGCUGAAAUAGCCUUGAAUGAAACACGCAAAGAACAGCCCUUCAGUUUACACUCGCGCACGCCUCGGGCAGUGUUGCCAUGUCAAUGAUUAAAAACACCAGUUCUCUGCACUGUUUCUCUUUUUUUAUUUUCUGCUUCCUCAUUUCUCAGUUUUUCCAGCGAUGGACACUUGUCCCUUCGCUCUGGGACUGACUGUAAAUACACUGAAGUUAUAAUAUGCAGUUUUAUUGUGUGUGUCUUGUAUCAGGACUGAUGUUUGUAUGCUCACACACCCCUCCUGCUCUCUUCCACUCAAACCUGUCGAGCAACACAAAUCUGGCCACUUUUUUUCUUCUUCUCAAACUGACACAACAGCACUACAGGUCUAAAGUAUGGAGCUGAGACGUCUCGGAUUAAACCAGAAACAAACAGAGAUGCUAGUUUGUUACUGAAUGAAUUUUUCCCAGGAGUCGAGGGAUUAUUCUGUUCUCUGAUGAUCUCAUGAUGACUGCAUACGAACCCUGAUUUCCCGUUUGCACUGAACACCAGCCACAUAACAGGUUUGGGAUCAGCAGAAGUGCGCCACUAUGUCACUUUCACAGCAGGUUCUGGUGAAUUAUGAAUACACAUACACCGCUCGAGAUGGCAGAGAGGUGUCCAUCAAACCCAACGAGCACUACAUCCUAGUAGCCAAGACCAAUGAAACCUGGUGGCACGUUCGGAGGGAUGAGACUGAAAAGCCUUUUUUCAUCCCAGCAACCUAUGUGACCGAACUCCCACCUGAGACCAACCAAACCUCACUGGAGGUUAGUAGAAGUGAAUCCCUCAAGUCUAACUCAGAGAUGGCUUCUGAUCGUCUUCCUGCCAUCAUUGAGCCCGCUGAGGUAACGCUUCGAGUCCCAGCCUCUAUAAAACGAGACACGGAGAAAGACGGUCAUAGAAUAUCAACAUAUAUUAUUCCAAAGGAAUUCUUUGAACUGAAGGGUUUGGAUCCAGAUCCCUUAAAGACUGAAGCAGAGGCCGGUCCUGUGCCUGAACACACAAACUCCAAGCCAGCUACCCCAACUAAUGGGGAAACACCACCCUCUAUCUUACUGAAGCUUCUCCAUACAGUCAACACACCUCAAUCCCCAGAACUGGAGACAAAAUCAACCGUAAAUGCAACAGAAAGGCCUCGGGUGGACACGAAGGCCCUGGAUCAAGAUAUUCAGAUGCUCAAUAGAGCUGGCUGGGGUGACAUCUGGAACCCCAUGAAUAAAGACAAGAAUGUGAAUGAGAGCUUGGAAGCAAUGAGUGAACCAGAAUCCUUAAAAGCUGACGAUAAUGUGACUGUAAACCCUGUCACACCAGAUAAGAAUAUGAGAAUGUAUCGGCGAUCAAACGCCCAGCUAGACUGCAUUUCUGGAGCUCCCUGCCAAGUGAUCUGCAUGUCAAUGGUGUGCUUGUCCGCCGCUGCCCCUCACCGGCAAAGAGCCGGCUUCUCCUCCGUUUUAUCUGCACACCGCUCGCAAGACACUAUAGGCUACGUGUCUGUAUUGACUGAUCUAAACAAAGGCAUGGUGGAUUUUUACGCUAAGAUUCGGACCAACCACCGACCCAGAAGCGCGAUGCCUCUCUCUCUGAACACGCAGACGUUCCUCAGGAGAGGUGUGUCCUCAUACAGGCCUCUCUCGAGGCUAAAGGUGGAGGAUGACAGCGCUCUCACAGCAGUGUAUGUAAACCUCCCCCGGCUGCGUCGGAGUAUCACUGACACCUCCAGUACCAUUGCUUCUCCAUUACAGGAGUUCCCAGAGCCUCCCGAUACCCUUCUUUUAGACUCUGCGGGAUGGGAGAUCCAUACUGACGACCAGAGCGGGAAAGAGUACUACUUCCACCCCUCUACGGGUCGCAGCACCUGGGAGUAUCCGCUCAGCUCCUCCAUGGAGUCAUCAGUGAGGACGGAGGAGGCCUGUUCUCCUCCCUCGUUCCCCCAGUCUCCCAUCAGCUCACCCGUAGGCCCUUCUCCUCAGAGGUGGAGCUCGGACUGGGAGAAGGUGCUGGAUGAGAAUACUGGCAGGCAUUACUUCUUUAACAUUGUGUCGGGUCAGAGCUCAUGGGAUCCCCCCGAGGAUAUCACCUCACCAGAGCAGUUUCUGGAAGAUUGCCCGCCUCCGCUUCCUGAGGAAGACUACCCUGCAUCUCCAGAUCUGGAGGAAGCAUCUCCUUACUCAAUGCCAUCAGAGUAUACUUUGAUUCAAGUGAAGAAGCUCUCAAUCCCCAGAGCAAGUCUGGAUCACAGCGUGCCACCAGGCUGGACCCUCAGCAUCGACGCUGAAGGAGCUUGGGUCUUCACGAGCGACUACACGCAGGAACAGUGGAUCAAGUCGCUAGACGAUCAAGGACGGAUAUACUACUACUUGCGAGAUGGCAGCGACUCCCAGUGGAACUUGCCUGAGUACUCUGGAAGCCUAGGACAGUAUGGCGUGGGAAAUGGGGCCUCAUUAGAGCAGGACACAAUGGGAUCCAAGCAAAACUGGAGGCGCAGUACAGGAUACCAGGAAGAUGUAUUUGUAAGCCACUCAUCAUAUCCUCAGUAUACACCAGACAGCGAUGCCUCCAGCUCUCCUGAGAUGCCACAUAAUGUUUCAAAUUUGGAAAAGGCUGGAAUCCUGAAUAAAACAAAGGUGUCUGAAAAUGGGAAGAAAAUUAGGAAGAACUGGAGUAAUUCCUGGACGGUUCUCCAUGGAGGGAUACUGACAUUCCAUAAGGAUCCAAAGUCACCAGCCGGAGCAUCGAGCAAGACAAAUCAGAUAGUUCCAGAAUUCAUCGUCGAGCUGAAAGGGGCAACAAUUAACUGGGCAAGCAAGGACAAAUCAAGCAAGAAAAAUGUUUUGGAGCUUAAGAGUCGGAAUGGUGUGGAGUACUUGGUCCAGUACGACACUGAGAGCAUCAUCACAGACUGGUAUAAAAUCAUCUCAGAUACCAUACACCAGCUGGAUCUGGACCAGCACCACUCUGAAGAUGAGGAGGAAAUCAGCGAGAAGUCCUCAAGCUUAGACAGAGAGGACAGAUCCUUCGACAAAAGAACUAUGAGCAAUGCAUCUCGUCAUCCUUCAUCCACUUCGACACCUGAAGCAGAUCAGAAGAAGGUCCGCACCAAACUGAAGAAGUUUCUCCUCAAGCGGCCCACCCUGCAGUCGGUCAAAGACAAGGGAUAUAUCAGAGAAAAUGUAUUCGGCUGUCACUUGCACAAUCUCUGCUCUCAAGAAAAGACCAGAGUGCCCAGCUUUGUAGAGAAAUGCAUCCGGACGGUGGAGAAAAGAGGUCUGGGGAUCGAUGGACUCUACAGAGUUAGUGGGAAUUUGGCAGUCAUCCAGAAACUGCGUUUCAAAGCAGAUCAUGAGGAUCUGGACCUGGAGGAGGGGAACUGGGACAUCCACGUGAUCACAGGAGCGCUGAAGCUCUUCUUCAGAGAGCUGCAGGAGCCUCUUUUCCCUUACAGCCUCUUCAAUGAUUUCAUCAGUGGCAUCAAAAUCCCUGAUUAUUACAGUAAACUAGCACACAUGAGAAGUCUGGUGCGGUCUUUGCCGCCACCCAACCGUGACACAAUGGAGGCCCUCUUCAGCCACUUACGCAGGGUUAUUCAACAUGGCGAUGAGAACAGAAUGAGCGUACAGAACGUGGCUAUCGUUUUCGGCCCAACUUUACUCAAACCGGAGGUGGAGACCGCAAGCAUCGCCACCUACUUGGUCUUCCAGAACCAGAUCGUAGAGUUCUUACUCAAUGAGUUUGAGUCGAUCUUCCACAUGUGAUUGACCUGAACUUGCACUCAAAUGAUCUCAGUCCAGCCUCCGCCUGUAAAUAGAGAUGUAGAGCAGUAGCAUCUAUGAUUAAUAUAUUAAUAUCACUGAAACAGAAUGAAGGUUUUACAUGAGCAGUUUGGCCAUUAAGGGUAAUACACAUUUUAAGACUGUAUAGCUAAGAGGAAGUUUUCUUUUUAAGUAGUUAUCAGCUAUUGCUGGUUUUUCCUGCUACAAACUGAACCGGUCAGUUAAAUAAUAAUCUAGUUUAACUUUGCUUUCCUGUGGUCUUUUGCCUUUCUGUAGAGUCGUGCAAAACACUGCAAGUUUUUAUCCUAUUCCUUUGGAUUUACAAUGUGAUAAUAAAUUAAUAAUAUUAAAUCACAACAUUUUUAUGUUUAGGUGUCAGUUUUUUCUUCUUCUUUUAAUACUUGCAUCUGUAACAGAACUUUACAAAGAAAAUACCGCAGGCCUGUAACUGUAUAUUGGAAAUGCUAAGUUGUAAAACCUGUACAUUGUCAUUAAAGCCACAAUAUUUUAGAUUUUGUGCUACCAAAAUAUAGAAUCUGAAUUUGCACAGAUUAAGCAUUAAUAUUUUAUAAAAACUGGCACACUCAUGUAGUAAUAAUCACUGUAAGAUGUUUGUUUAAAGGUGUGUGUAUAUAGAAAAGGCAUAUUUAUGCUGUACAUUACCUGAAGUAAGCAAGCUUUUAAUAAAGUAACUCUUUUAUAAAUGAA